GAGAGAGAGUAAAGCGGAAGCGUCAGUCGGGCGGAGUUGCAAUUGACGCGAGGACCGAGUGACCGACUGACUGACCUGUGGCCCACGAGCUUUUUCGAGUGCGUCGGUACGUCGACCCGAACCCAGAUCGGCCUUUUCAGCAGUGCUAGACAGUCGCGGCCAACAUGCAGGACGUUCUCAGCCAGUUUGAGAAGGAUGGUUUCGUUGUGAUCGAAGACUUCUUCAAGCCCGAGGAGGUGGAUGAGCUGAAGUCUGCCGGUGAAGAGUUUACCACAAAUUUACCACCUGAGAAGAAGAGAAAGAUUUUCAAUACCAUCGAUCAACAGCAGAGCAAAGAUCAGUAUUUCCUCGACAGUGCCAACAAAAUCAGCUACUUUUUCGAAUCGGAGGCUUUGGAAUCCAAUGGCAAAUUGAAAGUCCAUCCCAGUGUAUCUCUGAACAAGGUAGGACACGCGUUGCACUGGCAGCAUCCAGUUUUCAAAAAGUACACCUUCAGUGAAAAAGUCAAAGAGAUCGCAUUCCAGCUGGAACUGAUCGAGCCGGCUGUUUGCCAAUCCAUGUAUAUCUACAAAAACUCAGGAAUCGGAUCGGAAGUUAAGGUUCACCAAGAUGCCAGCUAUCUGUAUACAGAUCCAAUGAAACUCACAGGUUUCUGGAUAGCAUUGGACGAUGCGACACGCGAAAAUGGUUGUCUCUGGAUCGCUGCUGGUUCACACAAAUCUGGAGUCCACAGACGUUACCUUCGCAACAAGGAUCCUCAUGCUAAGAAACUUUUAGUUUACGACAAGCCUGAGGCUUACUAUCAACUUAGUACAUUCAGACCUGUUGAAGUACGACGAGGUUCUUGCAUAUUGUUACACGGUCAAGUCGUCCACUUUUCUAAUCCAAACAAAAGCGACAAAUCAAGACACGCAUAUACUUUUCACGUGAUUGAAACGCAACACGUACACUACUCAAAGGAUAACUGGUUGCAACAACCUCCGGAAGGAUUCCCAAAACUAUACCUUAAUUGA